CGCAGGCGGUUUCUCGUCGGUGACCUUCGCUGGCCGCGCCGCACCCGUCAUUCACGAUGUUUGAGAGCAUGAUUCCAAAGUCAAUCAGAGCCAUGAAAUUCUACUACUCUACGGUUUAUCAAGAAAUAUGGGUUGGCGUAGCAUUAACGGCUUAYGUCUAUUACAAAAUUUCAUAUGGUGGCAAAAAAGCCGUGGCAGAUAAGCCCUCUGGUGCCGGCCAUCAUUAAAGAUUUCUUUUCUUGGGAGUAUGAGCUUGGUGAUUCAUCAUCUUUGCUGUAAAUGAAGCAAGUUACCACCAUAGGGAUGUUAAUAUAAUUCUAGAACUGUUCCUAGUCCAUCUGCUAUCCUUGCAGAAAGAAUAAAGCUAUGGAGUAAGACAGAAUUAAACACGUUGAACAAUGUAUUCUGGAGUGUAUUUUAAAAUCUGAUGUUUAGAAUAUGCGAUUUUUAUUCUACACAGUUCUUUCUAGUUCAGUGUUAAACUCCCACAAUAAUACUUUAAAAAAGACCAAAUUUCUGAAACUAAUUUUUAAUACAAUUAACGAACAUUUUACAUAAAAAGGUGAAGCCUUAGAGUUUCUAUUUUGUCUAGAACCACUUUUUUAAAAAAGGCCAGUUAAGAUUAUGCAAAAUGUGGGAUAAAGCUUUGACGGCUUUAUCAUCUUGCAGUGCAAUAUUUUAGGCUACAAAAAUGAUUUAUUUUAACUUUAUGCUUUUGAAGAAUUUUUCUGUCUUACAGAAGUCAGUUUUUAGGUGUGUACAUACUGACUAUGCAUACUAAGCGUGCAUAAGGCAUAAGCCCAAAAUUUUACUGCAUGUCAUCAUUUGUUUAAAUUUAGCCUAAUCUGUUUUAUAGAAGAUUAAGAUGCUUAAGUCAUUGUAAUGACUUCAUGCUUACGUGUGUCUUUUUAACUUCUGAAACAUUCURAACCUUCCAGCUUGGUAAAGUCUUGGAUUACAGUCUCUCAAACUGAAGAAUCUGGCCAUAAC